CUUAGUCAGCUGACCUGUCUUGUGAUAGCAGCUAGGCCGCACUCUGAGACAGGUACGGGUGUUCAUCGCUGACUGAACUGUGCUAGGAAACGUCGCAUCACACGCCGUAAAUUAAGUUCAAAAUGACGAAUCAAAGUUUGAUGAAGAUAGCGCAUGAAGAGCGGGAGGGCAAGUUUGGAUAUGUCUAUGCAGUAUCUGGACCUGUUGUCACUGCUGAGAAAAUGUCUGGAUCGGCUAUGUAUGAGUUGGUACGAGUCGGUUACUACGAACUGGUAGGAGAGAUUAUCAGAUUGGAAGGUGACAUGGCUACAAUACAGGUAUAUGAAGAAACAAGUGGUGUGACAGUUGGUGAUCCCGUGCUUCGUACUGGAAAACCGCUGUCCGUCGAAUUAGGUCCUGGAAUCCUUGGUAGCAUCUUUGACGGUAUUCAGCGUCCAUUGAAAGACAUCAACGAACUUACGAGCUCGAUUUACAUCCCGAAGGGUAUUAAUGUGCCGGCACUGUCGCGUACCACUACUUGGGAAUUCAGUCCGCAUAAUGUGAAGAAUGGCAGCCAUAUCACGGGCGGUGACUUAUACGGCGUCGUACAUGAGAAUACUUUAGUGAAGCAUUGGAUGAUCUUACCACCUAAGUGCAAAGGCACAGUAACGUACAUUGCACCUGUUGGCAAUUACACCGUUGAUGAUGUCGUACUGGAAACUGAAUUCGAUGGCGAAAGACAGAAAUAUACCAUGCUUCAGGUGUGGCCAGUCCGUCAACCUCGUCCAGUUACUGAAAAAUUACCAGCUAAUCAUCCUCUACUCACUGGUCAACGAGUCUUGGACUCUCUCUUCCCAUGUGUCCAAGGUGGAACCACAGCUAUUCCUGGUGCUUUCGGUUGUGGCAAGACCGUCAUCUCGCAGGCUUUGUCUAAAUAUUCCAACUCCGAUGUAAUCAUUUACGUCGGUUGCGGAGAACGUGGUAAUGAAAUGUCUGAGGUACUGCGCGAUUUUCCUGAAUUGACCGUAGAAAUCGACGGUGUUACUGAAUCAAUUAUGAAACGUACAGCUUUGGUCGCCAAUACAUCUAACAUGCCAGUAGCCGCGCGUGAAGCGUCCAUUUACACUGGUAUUACAUUGUCCGAAUAUUUCCGUGAUAUGGGUUAUAACGUGUCGAUGAUGGCGGAUUCGACAUCUCGAUGGGCAGAAGCUCUCCGAGAAAUUUCAGGUCGUUUAGCUGAAAUGCCUGCCGAUUCUGGUUAUCCCGCUUAUCUUGGUGCUCGUCUAGCUAGUUUCUACGAGCGCGCCGGAAGAGUAAAAUGUCUGGGAAAUCCAGAUCGCGAAGGGUCUGUCAGUAUUGUUGGUGCUGUAUCACCGCCGGGUGGUGACUUUUCUGAUCCUGUAACCAGUGCAACGCUUGGCAUUGUGCAGGUGUUCUGGGGUUUGGAUAAGAAACUGGCGCAACGCAAGCACUUCCCAUCCAUCAAUUGGCUCAUAUCAUAUAGCAAAUAUCUGCGAGCAUUGGACGAUUUCUAUGAUAAGAAUUUCCCGGAAUUCGUUCCAUUGAGAACAAAAGUAAAAGAAAUCUUGCAAGAGGAAGAAGAUUUGUCAGAAAUUGUGCAGCUAGUAGGCAAGGCUUCGCUUGCCGAAACAGAUAAAAUCACACUUGAAGUAGCAAAAUUGCUGAAAGACGACUUUUUGCAACAAAACAGCUACUCGCCGUACGAUCGUUUCUGUCCAUUUUACAAAACCGUAGGAAUGUUGCGAAAUAUGAUCGCAUUCUACGAUAUGGCAAGACAUGCAGUGGAAUCAACAGCUCAGUCAGAUAACAAAAUCACAUGGAAUGUUAUUAGAGACAGUAUGGGCAAUAUUCUCUAUCAAUUGAGCUCUAUGAAAUUCAAGGACCCUGUUAAGGACGGCGAGGCAAAGAUCAGAGCGGACUUCGAUCAGCUGCACGAAGACAUUCAACAGGCAUUCAGGAAUUUAGAGGACUAAAUUUCUAACUCGCACUUGUUAAAAGCAAUUUUAAGAUAUUGAUUGUUCUGUAACUUGGCUCUAACAUUUAAGGAUGUCCCGAUCUAUCUGAAUCGCAAAUAACUUACCGAAAAUACGACUACAAGCAGCAUUAUCGAUUAUAUCAUGUAUUAUUUGCCGAAUAUAUAUCAUCCUUAAAAGCGUCUGAAUGGAUUGUAAAUACAAAAGCUACUAGCUGAAACCUUCGGUACUAUCACGAAAUGAAAUAUUCGAGAAAAUGUAAUGUCAUGUACGUGACGAUUGUGACAAUAAAAUGGGACAUUUUUAAAUGUGCGCGAAGAGUACAUUUAAAGAUACGCUCUACUUCCUCAAGAGUUAACUUAUUUGACUCGAGAGCAGAGCUAGCCUGUAAUUAGUCGGAUAUUAUCAGAGAAAGUAAUUUUAUCCUUCGCGCAAAAAUGUACUUUCGUUUUCUUUCCGCUUUCUUAAAGAUGAAGUUAAUCGGGAAGUUAAUAUUCCUAUAUGUUUUCCGUAUAUGUGUAAUAUAAACGAAAGUAUAAAGCAGCUCCCCGUUUCAUCGCGCGUAGAUUAGGAUUAUGGUAUGAGAAGAUACUCUUAAUUACCAGUUAUUACGUGAUUAGUGUCAUGUGGAUGACAUAAUUCUUAUCUUGCAAAAAGAUUGUGAAUCGUGGAGUAUUAAAUAUUGUAACAUAUAAUGUAUUAUUUAAGUACAACUGUUAUGCAUAAUUAAGUCUACAAUACCAUAAACGUGAUUUAAAAGUUUAGAAAAAGGACACACGCACGAAGAAAAAUGAUCGAAGUGCAGGGUCGAUAUUAUGAAGAUAAAUACAAGAAAGAAAAACCAUGUAUACAUGAUGACUAGUGUUCCAUUGACUUCGAUAUCAUUUCCAUUGUAUGAUAUGUAAAAAAAAAGAUAUAAUAAAGUUAUGCACAAGAGGA